AUGAUUGAAGCGCGUAAAACUCGUAUUCGUUUUAGGGAUUUUGUGGUGAUUCCCUACUUUCUCUUUGGCACCAUUGGGCUCGUUCCCUUUGACCCACAUCCUGGCUAUCGGAUACCAUGGCUGAAGAAUCUGUGGUGGUGGUCUUCAUACGUCAAUCACUUCCUCUGUGUUGUGGGGGAGCUCAUUUACUUCUACGUUGCCUGGGAACCAGGCAAAGAGGAGGUUUUUCUGGAGUUUACAGCCCUGGCUCCGUGUACGAUCUUCUCAACUAUAUCAAUUAUUAAGAUGAAUAUGAUUUGGUGGAAUAGGAAGAGACUCACGUGGAUUGUCAAUGAGUUAGAGAGGAUUUUUCCAAAGAGUGAAGAUGAGCAGAAGGAAUAUGAAAUUAUGGAGACACGUCGGCAGUCAUACCUUAUUAUGAUUUACUUCUCUGCAUCCUACAUGAUCCUUAUUUGGGUCUUUAACCUAAUGCCGCUCAUUAUGUCUUUUAUCGACUAUGCAGACACAGGAGUUUACAACCGGUUGCUGCCCUACUUCAUUUGGUAUCCCUUUGACGCCACGAAGGGGAAUAUGUACAUGAUUAUCUAUGCUCAGCAAAAUUGGGGUGGAUUUGUUGCAAUGAUCGGUAUCCUGGGCACGGAUCUCUUCUUUGGGUGCUUCAUUACGCAACUCUCAAUGCAAUUUAAGACCCUAGCAAAGCAUUUAGCCAUAAUCACAACUCCCAGGAGGGCUAAAAGAUUAAGAAAUGCCCGUCUCAAGGAAGCCAUUGAGCGACAUAUCAUCCUCAUUGAUCUCUGCGCUGAAAUGGAAAGCAUCUACAACUUCUCAAUUCUCUGCAAUUUCGUCCUGAGCUCCCUCAUGAUCUGCCUCGUGGGGUUUCAGGCAACAAACCCAGAUGUUCACUUUGAUAUCUGGUUCAAGUACAUUGUGUUUCUCAUCUGUGCCCUCUGGCAGGUCUUCUGUCUCUGCUACUAUGGGAAUGUUCUUCAGGAGAGCAGUCAAAGUAUUUCCUCGGGAGCUUUUUCAUCUCAGUGGUACAGAGAGGAUGCAAAAUAUCAAAAAUGUAUCCUGUUGAUGAUUAUGCGUGCUCAGAAGCCACUCAGCCUCACAGCCGGGAAAUUCUCCGUUGUCUCCCUUCGGAGCUUCACGGCUAUCCUUAGCACAGCUUUUUCAUACUUUACCCUCCUCCGGUCCGUUUACUAUGACACUGCAGAUCGAUCCUCUUUCUAAAUUUACAUCCUUCCCCCACAUUUAACUACAUUGUGUGUGUGUGUCCUUUAAAAAUAAGGAGCGCAAUGGUGGUGGGAGGGUACACCGCCACCUCAUUGAUUUUCUCCUGCAUCGCGCAAAAAUUUGCAUGUUAAACAUUUCGAAGUCAUUUUCUCCUCAAAGUGCCCCCCUUUGAGAGCCACUUUGCACGCUCCACACACACCCCCAACGUAACCACAAGAGGUUGCGGCGCUUUGUCUGCUAAGGAUUCACCCACCAGGAAGCUAUUUAAGCGCUCACCCACGAAGGGAUCUGCUCAGUUGUCUCGCAGUGCGGUCUGUGGACGCGGAAAAAUUGGAAGAAGAAAAAGUGAAAAGUGAAGAGAAAAAUGCAUAAAAUCCUCAAUUGAGUGUGGUGGAGGAAUUUAUGCAAAUGGAUUAAUCCUUCGGCUCCACCACAAAGGGCCUGCAACGAAUUGUCUUCACGUUUUUUUUUUUUUUUUUGAGGAUUUAUCAGUGAGCUUUUGUGAAGAAAAAAUGAAAAUUGAAUAAAAAUUCGUGAGUGUCGUUAUUCUUUAUAUUUAAAAAUUAAUAAAAGCUUUAAAGCUUUGAAAAUAUUUAAAAAUCCUCUGCAAUUUUUAAUCUUAUGUGGUGUAGUGAAAUCUAAAUUAAUUUUGUGAACGAUAACUUGGAUAAUUUGGACUCAAAGAUGAUUAAAUUAUUAAAAAAAAAUCUUUCUGAAAUAAAUUGUUAAUGUUUUAAUGAAUUUUACAAUUAUAAAUUCUAGUGGAUGGAAACUUCACUUACUAAAAAAGUAUUUUCUUUUAAUAAAAAAAAAUUUCUAGUUUA